AUGGGGAAUACCGAUACUUUUGAAGGACGAUUAGAAAGAAGACAGCAUACAUUGGCGGAUAAAAUGCGUUUAACUUCAUGUCCGUUAAUUCGUGCAUGUUUAGCUGAAUUUUGUGGCACAGCAAUAUUAGUUAUAUUUGGUUGUGGUGUUAUAGCUCAAACAUUUUUGGGUGAUCAUGGAAAAAAAGCCCAUGGUGGUUUCCUGUCAGUUAGUCUUGGCUGGGGAUUUGCUGUUUACAUGGGGGUAUUUUUCUCUGGACGUGGAGGUUCUGGACAUAUAAAUCCAGCAAUUACAUUGGCAUUUUCAGUUAUUGGAAAAUUCCCCUUGAGACGUGUACCAAUAUAUACAUUGUUUCAAAUUUUGGGUGGUUUUGUUGGAGCACUUGCUAUCUAUGCUGUUUAUUAUGAGAAAAUAUAUGAUUAUGCUAAUAGGUAUGAAAACGGAACAUUGAUUGUUAAAACAACUGGCGGUAUCUUCGUUACAAAUCCAGGAGCAUCUCAUUUAACUUGUUUCCUUGAUCAAGUACUUGGUACAGCAUUGUUGGCAGCUGGAGCGCUGGCUAUUUGUGAUCCAAACGGUUGGAAACUUCCCGACCACUUACAUCCAUUGCAUUUGGCGCUGUUAGUUUAUGCUUUGGUUGGUUGUUUUGCAUUGAAUGCUGGAUGUGCACUGAAUCCUGCUCGUGAUUUAGGACCUAGACUUAUGCUAUUGGUUUGUGGUUGGGGAGGUUCAGCAUUCACCUCGGGCGAUUACUUCUUUUGGAUACCCAUCCUAGGUCCAUAUAUCGGUGCACUGAUUGGUGCUAUUCUAUAUGAAUUAACUAUUGGCAUACAUUUGGAUCGUAAACCAGUAUCACCAUCACCGACAACAACAAUAGUCACAACAGAACAAAGAUAUCAUGAUAUAGAUGCAACAGCAGAGCAUAAAGCUGGUUCUCAUCUACUUACUCGUGGAUUAUAAAAAAACCUUUUCCCGCCACAUACGUACAUACACAGGAUGAAAUAAAUGUUUGUGGGACCCCUUUAUGUCUGCAACCGCCGUACUAUUUUUUUUCAACGCUUUUAUCCGUAUCUCUUCUUGUUCUUCAUCGUGCGUGUGCGCUUCUACGGAAAAAAGGCUUAAAGAACUUCAACAUUACCCGUUUCAAUCUUUUCUCUAGCGAAUUCUCAAUUAACUGUUAUCGUUACUGUGUGUUUUAAAUGAGAUUUCCCGCCUUCUCAUGAAUGUCUACUUUUCAGCAUUUAUUCAUAUUCUUUCUCCUUGUUACUCCUCCAAAUACCUACCCCUCCCCUCCCCCCGAAGUACUCCUUCCUUAUGUUUCUUAUCUCUGCUUCCCAAUUGGUUCUAAUUGUUAAUCGGAACUUUUUACGUCUAAUCACCACCGCCAUCAAUAAAUCGAUCGAUCGAUCAAUCGACCUAGUUCUUUACAUAUUUAUUGCUUUAUAUUUUUCUUGUGUGUACACAUUGGGCAAGUUGUCUGUAUCGAAAGGGAGUACUUUUCUUCCUUUCCCGGAACAGUUAAACAGUUUUGCCCGAGUUUAUUUAGUUCUUCUUCUUAUAUAAGUGUUCCAUUUUUGUGUGUAAUUAAUUAUUGUGUGAAAGCAACGCUUAAUAGCUGAACACGUUGUCAUGAUGUAUUCAGCAUUCUGUUGAGAAAAAACAGGAGGAACUCUAAAAAAAAUGUAAAAUUGUUGAAUAUUAUUCCAUUUUACUUUCUUUUUGUCAUAGUCACACUCCCUCACUUAUACGCACCGACGCAUGUGUCCGCGCCUCAACCCCCCCCCCGCCACCCUGAGCCUUGCACGCCUCACUACGCUUUCGCAUUUUUUGCGCUAAUUUCCGUUUUUUUUGCCAAAUAUGUGUUGCCAUGUUAAAAGUCAGUCGAUACAAUAAACGUCUUCAUCGUUACAGUUUCCAUAGUAUUAUCGUUGUUAUAAUUGAAAUUAUUUUUUGCGUACAAAAAUUAAAUUAUAUACAUAACAGUGUGAGAAAUAUUUUUUUGGCUGAUUUUUGAUUGAUUCUUUUCUGUCCGCCUCUUUUAUUUUUUUGGUUGGAAAUAAUUAAUCCUUACAAUGCUAAAUCAGUCAGACAAACAUUUUAGUUGGAAUACUACUACUACUACUUAUUUCGUUCUUAUAAGUAGUAGUAGUAGCAGCAGUAUUAGUCAGUUUCAUAAACAGCAGAUAUAUUUUGUGUUAAAAAAUAUUUGUGUGUGUGUGUGGAUGUGUGUAUUUUUGUAUGUGGGUGUGUUUCAUUUCUGAGGAUGCUUAAAAAAAUUGUAUUAG